GGAAAAAAAGGACUGACAGCUCUGGCUCGUAAAAAGCUACUGAGGGCGGAAGAUGUAUUGGCCAUCCUUGUAGCAUUUCUGGGAAGUACUAACGAAGGUCUUGAGAUUGAAGAAGUAGGGACUCUGAGACCCAAAUGAUGCUUCUGUCAGCUGUCCAUUAGACAGACUGUGCUCACAGCACAGUGCCUACAAGGAUUUCAAAGUGUUACCUGCUGGAAAAGGAGCCUGAAAGUGCUUGUGCGGAAGGGUGGCUGGCUGCCUGCUACCCUGGAAGGAAGGUUUUCUCUGAGUUAAAGAGUGGAGGACCAUGGCGCCUUGGCCUGAAUUGGGAAACUCCCACUCUAAUCCUAAUAAGUACAUCGAAGAGACCAUCACCCAACAAUCUACUAUGUCUGGAAAAGAUAAAGGAAACCCCAGCACAGAUAAUGCCCAUUCUCCUGUAAACAAGAUAGAACUUCUGCCAUCUUACUCCACUAUUGCAUUGAUUGAAGAGCCAGUGGAGGAGCAAGACCCAUGGGACAUGCCUGACAUUACGGACUCUGGGAUCAAGUGGUCAGAGAGAGACACCAAAGGGAAAAUAAUUGCUGUCUUCCGAGGGUUUGGGAAAGUGAUUCUCCUCCUGGGAUUUCUUUACCUAUUUGUCUGCUCCUUGGACAUCCUCAGCAGUGCUUUCCAGCUGGUUGGAGGAAAAAUGGCCGGGGAGAUUUUCCGUGAUGGUUCAGUGUUGAGCAAUCCUGUGGCAGGCUUGGUGAUUGGUGUGUUAGUGACUGUCAUGGUGCAGAGUUCCAGCACAUCCUCGUCCAUCGUUGUCAGCAUGGUGUCCUCUUCAUUGUUGACAGUAAAGGCAGCAAUUCCCAUUAUCAUGGGAGCCAAUAUUGGGACUUCAGUCACCAAUACUAUCGUGGCCCUCAUGCAGGCUGGAGACAGGGAUGAAUUUCGAAGGGCUUUUGCAGGAGCUACUGUCCAUGAUUUUUUUAACUGGUUAUCAGUGCUGGUGCUGCUGCCUCUGGAGGCGAUCACAAACUACCUCUACCACCUCACCAAUGUCAUAGUGAAAUCCUUUAAUAUCAAGAGUGGAGAUGAUGCCCCUGAACUCCUCAAAGUCAUCACAGAUCCCUUAACAAAACUCAUCAUCCAGCUGGAUAAAAAAGUCAUAAAUGAAAUUGCUACAGGAAAUGAGGCAGCAAAAAACAAAAGCCUGAUAAAGAUUUGGUGUGAAACUUUUAAAAAUGUGACUUUAAGCAAUGUUACCGUUCCCUCACCAGAAAAUUGUACCUCUUCCAGUCUCUGCUGGACUGAUGGAAACAUGACCUGGACCCUCCUGAACACAACAUAUGAAGAGAACAUUGCCAAGUGCAAACAUGCAUUUGUGAAUGCCAAUCUCUCAGAUCUGGGUAUUGGCCUCAUUCUUCUAGCCCUCUCUUUGCUGGUCCUGUGCACAUGUUUGAUCUUGAUUGUCAAGGUCCUGAACUCUGUGCUCAAGGGACAAGUUGCUGCUGUGAUUAAGAAGACCAUCAACACAGAUUUCCCCUUCCCUUUUACCUGGCUGGCAGGCUACCUCGCCGUUCUAGUUGGAGCUGGAAUUACAUUUCUUGUACAGAGUAGCUCUGUGUUCACCUCUGCAAUCACUCCUCUGGUUGGCAUCGGUGUGAUCAGCCUUGAGAGAGCUUACCCUUUAACCUUGGGCUCCAACAUCGGUACCACCACCACUGCCAUCCUGGCUGCAUUAGCUAGCCCUGGAAAUACUUUACAAAGUUCGCUCCAGAUUGCCCUAUGCCAUUUCUUCUUCAACAUCUCUGGGAUACUUCUGUGGUACCCAAUCCCAUUCACACGCCUGCCGAUCCGUCUUGCCAGGGGCCUAGGAAAUAUCACAGCCAACUACCGUUGGUUCGCCAUCUUCUACCUGAUCUUCUGCUUUCUCCUGGUGCCCCUGGCUGUGUUUGGCCUCUCGCUGGCGGGGUGGCCCGUGUUGGUGGGUGUAGGGGCACCCAUCCUAUUGGUAUUGCUUGUGGUGCUGGUGAUGCGGGUGCUCCAAGCGCGCUGUCCUCAGGUUCUCCCUAAGAAACUGCAAACCUGGGACUUCUUGCCCCUGUGGAUGCACUCUCUUCAGCCCUGGGAUGGGCUGGUGUCUCUGCUCACGGGCAGUUGCUGCCAGCUGCCCUGCUGCUGGUGCUGUCGCAUCUGCUGCCGGUCGUGCUGCCUGCUGUGCAACUGCCCCCGGUUCUGCCGCUGCAGUAAGUGCUGCGAUCUGCUUGAAGAUGAGGAGAACGUCAAGGAAAUCCCCAUCAAGGUUUCCGAGGUGUAUGAGAAUACGGCAGUCGUGACUAAGGAGACCCAGCAGGGGGACCAAGAUGUAAAAACCUUCUCUAGCAGCACGGCUUUAUAGCAGGAUGGUGAUUGCAGAGGAGAAAAGAUGGAUUGUUUCUUGUUCUUGCCCUUCCUCCCUUGAAGCGUGGGAAGGGUAGGGGCAGAUGGUUAGCUAUCUACCAUUGGAAAAAUGGAGUCCCAGACAUUUGCUAUUCCCACCCUUCACCCCAGAACCCAAAGCACUGGCAGGUAGGGCUGACUCAGUAUUGGCAGAAACAGUGAUCAAAGCACCAUCCUUACUAGGGCCACAAUUCUCUCUCAUUGAUUUCUGGCUCCCUGAAAGGCCUGGGACAAGAACCAUAGGGAUUUUGCAACAUAAAUUCUGACUAGGCCAAUUACUUACACUCUCUCCAGAAACAUUAGAGCCACUGACCAACAGGACAUGUUUUAAAGCCCUAAACAAUUUUCAGAAGGAAAAAGCCUGCGGAAAGAAUUCCGUUGCUCAAAUAUACAUAGUUACACUUUUAUUUUUAAAUAAGUGUGAGUUUGGUUGCUAAGGCACAUGGCUCUUCCCGGGAAAGACCUGACUGUAAAUAGGAAAUCAGUACUUCCCUGGUCCCACAAAGCUUGGAGGCAGGGCAGGCCUGGGUGAGAAGAUGCCAGCCAGUGACAUACACCACCCAGCCCAGUCUUAGUAAGCCGCGUGUUCCUCCGUUCCCUGCCAUAUGGAGACUUGCAGGAAGGGCAAGGUUAAGGACUAUGUUUUAUCUACAGCAAACUAUGUGGAUACCCUUCCCAUGCCCAGGAGAAACUGCUGGUGGUCAGCAGCAUGCUGGUUAGUUAGGUAGGCUUGGGCUGCCUCCAUAGGCUGAUGACCAUGAUGCCCAGUACCAAAGAUAAAUUCUAGUGAGGUAGAAUUACUGUGUAUGCUCAUGCCCCCUCUUUCCUGAUCUUCCCUCCUUACUGUCUCCACAGUUUCUCUUGGGCAGUCUAUAAGCUGGCCAAAGCCAGGCAAUUUCUAGAACAUUGAAAAGGUAUUUCUAAAGGAUAGUAAUUUAAUUAAGAAGCAAAAAAGGUCACUGAUGUGCUUUUGGAUUUCUUCCUAUUGGAGAGAUACGAAGGUGGGAAUGUUCCCAGGGCAGUUAGCACUUUAGUUGUUAAUUGGUCAGCAGCUUCUUUCUAAGCAGCAGCUUCGACUUCUGCCAUGAGUCAUUUUCAAUCUGGGAUACUCCAGAAAGCCAGCUUCAUAAAGGUCAGUGCUAAGAACUGGUCCCACUCUGAUAGUCUAAGUGCCUCAGAUGUCAUGAGGAGGUUGGGCAGGUUAUGGUUAGAAAAGAUCAGUUCCUCUGUCCAUCUUAGGCCAUUGCCAGUCUCUCAAACUCUGGCUGUGGGAAUUGGCCUUGAUAUUUUGUGGGCUAAGCUUUUUCUUCUGCUAACCCCAGUUAGUAGUUUGUGAGUCAUGUCAUGAAGUUUGUUUUGCCCUCAGAUGGAGGGGGAACAGAAUAAACUGAGCUGACUGCAGAAUCAGGGGACCAUCUUCAGAGGUCCUUCCCACCUUGGACCUUCCAUGAGGCGCCAGUGGACCAGCCACCUAACCUUUUAAGGGGGUGGGGUUGAAGGAUUCUGAGGUGAAUGAUCUUGCUGUGAGCUCUUCUUUCUGGAUCCUUGCGUCUCUCUGUCCCUUUCACAGAAAGGAAAACCUCCUAGACCCAUUGAGAGAAGGUAGGGUGGCAGGUGGCCAUGCCCUAGGUAGAAUGUGGAUUUCAAGAGCAUGAUCCUCCUCAGACAGACCAUCUAUAUUUUCUAUAUCCUCAAAGGAUGAUAGUCUGGCUAGACAAAAAGCACCUUGUUUUAAGAUAACCUGUUAAAGACUAAUCUGGAACUUCUUUCCAGAUUUUCUUUCAUUUGCCAGGAAUGAGUUUUGUCCAUUUCCAUCUCCUGUCCUCUUUGGCCCUUAAACUGCUGCUUCUUAAAAGAGGCUAAUUGGUGAGCAUGUGACUGGAAAGGCUUGAGCUGAGCGUAAGCCAGAAGGUUGAAUGGACCAGUCAGCCUUGGUCCCAAAGCCCCUUUUGAUGUAUGUUAUGUGUAUGUGCACGUGGGUGGGGUCAGGGAGCCUGUACCUAGCAGCUCAGAUGCCUUCUCCUUGCCUUUCAUGGGCCCUUUUUCUAAGACAGAAGAAUCUUCACUUGCCUUUCUACCAGCCACAUACAUCACUUUCCCUCUAACACACCCUCUCUAAUACUCCCACCUCAUCCCACUUAACUAGGCUCUACCAACAAUUUCCCAGCUCCAAACAGUAUGUAGCAAAGGGGAAUAUAAGAUGAGAAAGAAGAACAACUAGCCCAUUUCCCAACUCCCAGAUCAUUUGGAGGCUUACCUUGACUUUCUACUAUGUGUAUAACCUUUCUCAGACAGAUACCAAUAUAGUCUGUAUGUAUAGUCACUGAAUUGUACAGUUUAUCAUGUUAUUAUUUUUUUUUUUUUUUGCUUAGGCAGUUGGGGUUAAGUGACUUGCCCAGGGUCACACAGCUAGUAA